UUUUGUUGUCGCUUCCUGGGAGCUCCGACGCACAACCACCGCGAGUUUCGAGGUGCUCGAGUGAAAGCCAUUCAUGUGUCACAAUUAACUUUGUCCAGUUUGUUGGUUUGUUGUUAAGGCAGCGGGAUAACUGAUGAGAUGAUUUCUUUGAAGCGAGAGAGGGAGGAUGAGGUGGACGACGACGAUAGCGAUGACGGGGUUACAACCAAAAGAGGUCGAGGACGCGCAGCAGAAGAUCGCAGAAGCCGCCAUUGCCCUUAUCUUGACACCAUAAAUAGGAGUGUGCUGGAUUUUGACUUCGAGAAGCUCUGCUCCAUCUCUCUCUCACAUAUCAACGUCUAUGCGUGCCUCGUAUGUGGGAAAUACUUUCAAGGCAGAGGACAGAAGUCUCACGCAUAUACCCACAGUGUACAGUUCAGCCAUCAUGUGUUCCUCAACCUGCAUACACUCAAGUUUUACUGUCUGCCAGAUAACUAUGAGAUCAUUGACUCGUCACUAGAGGACAUCACGUAUGUGCUGAAGCCAACCUUCACCAAGCAGCACAUCGGCGGCCUGGACAAGCACGGUAAGCUGUACAGAGCCUACGAUGGGACGACUUACCUGCCGGGCAUCGUGGGGCUCAACAACAUCAAAGCCAACGACUACGCCAACGCAGUGCUGCAGGCUUUUUCAAAUGUCCCACCUUUGCGAAACUACUUCCUGGAGGAGGAAAACUACAAAGACAUCCGCAGACCGCCAGGGGACAUCAUGUUCCUCCUGGUGCAGAGGUUUGGAGAGCUAAUGCGAAAACUUUGGAACCCCAGAAACUUCAAGGCCCACGUGUCUCCACACGAGAUGCUGCAGGCCGUCGUGCUGUGCAGCAAGAAGACCUUUCAAAUUACUAAGCAGGGUGAUGCUGUAGACUUUAUGACGUGGUUCUUGAAUGCUCUGCAUGGAGCUCUGGGAGGCACAAAGAAGAAACCAUCAAUCAUCACAAAAGUUUUUCAAGGCUCCAUGCGGAUCUUCUCUAAGAAACUUCCACAUCCAGAUUUGCUCCCUGAGGAAAAGGAGGCACUGCUUCAGACAGAGGAGUACCAGGAGCAGAUGUCCGAGUCCACCUUCCUAUUUCUGACUCUUGACCUCCCAACAGCUCCUCUGUACAAGGACGAAAAGGAGCAGCUGAUUAUCCCUCAGGUCCCUCUCUUCAACAUCCUGGGCAAGUUCAACGGCAAUACUGAAAAGGAAUACAAAACCUACAAAGAGAAUUUCCUCAAACGGUUCCAGCUGACCAAGUUGCCACCUUACCUCAUCUUUUGCAUUAAAAGAUUCACCAAGAACAACUUCUUUGUGGAAAAAAACCCAACAAUUGUCAACUUCCCAAUCACGAACGUAGACCUUUCAGAGUACCUCACAGAAGAAGCUCAGGCUACAGAGAAGAAUACGUCUUACGACCUUGUCGCAAACAUCGUUCACGAUGGAAAACCUACUGAGGGAUCCUACAGAAUACACGUCCUGCAUCAUGGGACAGGGAAGUGGUAUGAGAUGCAAGACCUGCAGGUGAUCGACAUUCUGCCCCAGAUGAUCACCUUGUCGGAGGCCUACAUCCAGAUUUGGAAGAGACAAGAUAGCAGUGACACAAACAACCACAAGGGGGUGUAAUUGAGGCAGGACUCUUCCCCACUCUUGAGUGCUGCUGGUUUUGUAAUAUUUUUUUGGAUCAGAAAAGUAUUUAAGUGACUGAGAGGGGGAAAAAAAGGAUAAAAGUGGCAGAAGAGCACCAGGACAUUCUUUAAAGACCACGUGAAGAAAUGUAAAAGCCUCCAUGUUUUUUACACUGUUUUCUGUUUUUACCAUGUGGAUAUUUCUUAAUAAACCAAACCAGCUCCAGA